AUGAUGGUGGAGACGCACCGCGCGCCGCCGGCACGAUGUGCGCGCGCGCCCGAGCCCCGCGGUAAGCUCGCCUCGGCCUCCGCGCCGCCCUCGCUCGCCGGCAGCGGCACCGUCAUGCAUCUGCGCCGCCGCCGCCACAAGACCGUGCACUUCGGCGAAAACCUCCUGAUGCAAGUAUGCGCCGACCGUGCGCAUCUCGCAGCGCUUGGCGCUCGAGUGCCUGACAUUUCCUUCUGCCACAAAGCUCACACGGGUCUACGUAAAGGAGAUGCACGAUUCUGUUGUGUUGCACACCACUGUUGCCUCGCCGCCGGCGCUCUGGUAGCGCUCGCGUCCAACGCACGACCCAAACCGCGCCGCGAACGCAGCGGCGACUCCCACUCGAGCGGCGGCGAAACCACUGAGAAAGGGGAUGGCGGCAACGGUAGCGGAAAAAAUGAAUCAAAACGCAAACAGAUCCGACACCAUCACCAUCGUCAUCACCACCAUCAUCACAAAGUUCACAAUUGCCCCUAUCAUGACGUCGCACCUCCGCCUGAAGACGAACCAGAAGAAAAGUCAAUAGCGCCAAAGAAAACCGUAUCGCCUUAUCUUUACAUACCAAGCAAACUGGAGCCAAAUGUACAGCAGUUGUUUAGUUUCAUAGAAAGCGUACUUAGUGCGUGGGCUGCUGAAGAGGGACUCACAAGUACCGGCGAAUAUUCAGAACCUGAUGAGCGUAUAGUACGUAGAAGAAAGUUAAAUAAAUACAAAAAACGUACAGAUGUUCUCAACAUACGAAGGAUUGUAUAUGAAGUAUCAAUACUACAGGGUGCAAAGUUACUAGGCAAUGUAAGAUUUCGACAUCACCAUUGGAAGGGCACUGCGCAAACCUGUAAUGAAGCUUUCCUCAGGAAGAUAUCGGAUGAUGAUCGCAUGUCGCUGACCACCGCUGUAUCGGACGAGGAGGAACCUGGUGAAAGCGCAAUGAAUUCGCCUUACAAGGGCAAACAGACUGGUGCUGCGGCAGCUUCAUUCAACUGUACUGGAGCUGUCCGAAAAGCAGGAUUUUUGAGCGUGAAAAAAUGGCUACUGCGUAAAAAACACCAGAUCGAGUUGGCUCGAAAACGUGGUUGGAAAGGUUACUGGGUGUGCUUGAAAGGCACUACGCUACUAUUUUACCCCUGCGAUUCUCGGGAAGGUCGAUCUGUAGAAGCCGCUCCCAAACACCUUAUUAUAGUCGACGGUGCAAUUAUGCAACCAAUACCGGAACAUCCAAAACGUGACUACAUAUUUUGUCUGAGCACGGCAUUUGGUGAUGCUUACCUAUUUCAAGCGCCUUGUCAAGUUGAGCUUGAGAACUGGGUGAACAGCAUACAUAGUGCAUGCGCUGCGGCGUUUGCUCGUCAUCGCGGCAAAACCGGAACACUCCAUUUGCUGCAAGAGGAAAUAUAUCGUCUCGAGAAAGCUAUAGAAUCUGAUCAUAAAUUAAAACAUAUGGCGGACCUACAACAAUCGGUGGUUUCGGAUCCGGAAACCAGAGCCCAGCUCGCUGUACAGAUGCUUCAGUGGGAGGAGAACCUGGAGCGCCUUCACUGCGAGCAAUUCCGUCUUCGUUGUUACAUGGCCAGCCUUCAAAGUGGUGAACUACCAAAUCCUAAGUCGUUGCUGACACACGUGUCACGUGGCACAAAGAGCACGCUGAAUAAACUGGGUGUGUUCACGGUGUCGUCGUUCCAUGCAUUUAUUUGCGCUCGCUCGCCGUCGCUCUUGAACAAUUUGCUGGCGGGGCGUGGCGCCACGAAGCGACGGGCGCCCAACUUAUCACGCUCGAACUCUGGCUCGAGCCGGCGCUCCAUGCAGAUGUCGCGUGAAGAAGGUGAGGCAGCGGUACGUGUUUCCCUACCGGAAGGUACCACCGCCACUGUCGGGGUGCGGGAAGGCAUGUCUGUCGAAGAGUUCCUAGUAGCGGCCUGCGCCCGUCGUUCCCUCAAUGCUUUGGAACAUUUCGUGCGCGUCAAAAAACGCCGAGACAUGGAGGACCAUAACUAUUUUGUCCCUCACCGAAGUGAUCUCAUUGAAACUUAUUUACACACACAUGAAGUAGUUGAAGUGUGUGCGAAAAUCCUAUAUCAAGUAGAAUUGCAACGGAACACGCUCGAGCAGAUGUGGGGUUUCAGCGUUGAAGCAGAGCUCAUAGAAAAUGCAGAGAGGCAAGAUGAGCUUUGUUGCUACGUUAGUCGUGUCGAAGAUAAGAGCGUCGCUAUGCAAAACGGAAUAAUCAAAGGCGACGAGAUAAUGGUGAUCAACGGAGCAAUAGUAUCUGAUCUAGAUAUGAUGUACUUGGAGAGCGUAUUGCAGGAGGAACUUUCUCUUGUCAUGAUGAUGAGAUCGUCACGGACGGAACCACCGGAGCUGAGCGGCGUGAUGCGCGCAGCCACUGAUGAUAUUAUUGAUUCCCUAGUAUGCCCACCGCCGCCUAGUGAGCCGCCCGUCAUCUCCGAUGACAUGAUUUCUGGCCUCAUCGUGCCUGCACCGGCCUGGAGUAAAGAAUUGUACAGUCCCGAAGCUGAUGCACAUGGUGGGGACGCUGCGAAUACUGGUCCUCCAAAAGUUAGUUCCAGGACUAACUCUUUCGAGAUCGAAAACCUUCUCAAGAGCGCAGAACAAGUGACGGGUUGGUGCCGGUCUCCGUCGGACACCCGCCGCGGGAGCCCCACAGGUAGCCUCGCUAGUGCCGCUGCCGGUACACCCUCGCGACAUCUAUCCGAUGCUGACAAACUGCGAAAGGUGCUCCUGGAACUCGUUGACACAGAACGAGCUUAUGUCAAGCACCUUAACAAUUUAUUGGAAAAUUAUUUGGAGCCUUUAAAGAAGGAAACUUUUUUAUCAAAUGCCGAGAUCAAUGCUCUGUUUGGAAACAUUCAAGAAAUCGUUACUUUCCAAAGGCAAUUCUUGCAAAAUCUUGAGGAAGCCCUGGAGGCUGAGCCGAACUUUCAUCAUUUCGAAUUUUCAAAUCAAUUCAAGAAUGUACUCUUCGCUGUUGGAAACGCGUUCCUCUAUUACGUCAAUCAUUUCAAAUUGUACAGUUCGUUCUGCGCUAGUCACAGCAAAGCACAGAAAGUUCUACAUCCAAAUGAAGGCAAUCAAGCAUUACAAGAAUUCCUAGCGGCGCGUAAUCCCAAGCAACAACAUUCGUCGACUUUGGAGUCAUACUUAAUCAAGCCGAUUCAGCGAAUACUCAAGUAUCCGCUACUCCUGCAACAAUUGCGAAAUUUAACUGAUGUAAAUUCCGAAGAGCACCUCCAUUUAGUGGAGGCAUUGAAAGGUAUGGAAAAGGUGGCUGAACAUAUAAAUGAAAUGCAACGAAUCCAUGAAGAAUAUGGGGCUAUAUUCGACCACUUAUUUAGGCAACACCAAAAAUCUUGCAAACAACCUAUAGAUCUAAGCCCAGGUGAUUUGUUAUACUACGGUGGUGUAGAGUGGUUAAAUAUUUCAGACUUCUUAGGAAAAAUUAAAAAAGGAUUAGAAUUACACGCCAUGUGUUUUGUUUUUAAAUCUGCUGUGGUCUUCCUAUGUAAAGAAAGACUGAGACAAAAGAAAAAAUUGAUGGGUGUAUCAUCGAAGAACAAUUCGAACGAGGUGGAAAUAAUAAGAUAUCAAGUUCUUAUACCGGUGACGGAGGUUCAAGUGCGUGCCUCUUCGGCUAAAGACAUGGACAGCCACUUCCUCUGGGAACUAAUACACCUGCGAAGUCAACUGCAGCGUCGCUCCGAAAAAGUCUAUGUACUGUCAAACAGCACUGCAGACUUCCGCAACGCUUUCCUGAAGACGAUCCGGCAGAUCAUCCGCGAGUCGGUGCGCAACAUGGCGCUGCCGAGCUCGCGGCCCGCGCCGACGCCGCCCCGCGCACCGCACACUCUAGACCGAGAUCGCUCCAAACAUCAGGUGCACGUCAUGCAAGGCUCACAAACUCUUGGAAAAACAAAGAAACCUAAGACAACUGGACAGCGUUUAUCAGCCGGAAAUAUUGAGGUUGGUGACUUAUCUCGCGAGAAUUCUCAAGACGCCGACGAACCCCCACAAGAUGUAUCUUCUGACGAGCCUACCUUCAGAUCACGAAGCAAAACAGUCGAUAGCAGCAGCAAGAGAGCAUUGCCCGCAGCUCCGCCGCCAACAGACACCGAUAGGUCGGAGCCAGGUUCUAAAUCAGAAGGCGAUGAGGAACCGCCGGCGCCGCCUGCCAAGAGAGGGUUAGGCAGAACUCCUAACCACCUCACGCUAAGCACAACUUCAACUUUAAGCGCCGGUAGCACAGGAAGUCAGGCAAGAUUAAUUCAGUCAUCACACCAACCAACUCAAUACCAGCCCACUAUGGUGAAAGAAUUAGGAUCGCCCGUGUGGAAACCGCGCGACAUGAUGGGCGAGGCGGGCGCGGGCGCCGGUGCGGCCGCCGCGCCCCCCGCGCCCCCCCGCGCCCACCACGCUGCCGCGCUCGCAGCGCCCCGCACCGCGCGCCCACCACCUCUCUGCCAGCCGCAAGUCGCUCGCCCCGGACCAUCGCCACUAAUCACACUACCACUCCCCUCUUAA